AGAGAAGAAGGGGAAAUAAACCUCUUUGGCUGGAGUAGGGUCCGGGUGAGCAGAUUUCCUUAUCCGGGAAUCGCAGGCGGGGCGGCCAUUGGCUCGGAGGAUCACGUGGGCGCCUAACUUUGUUCACUUGACAGUAAGUAGGAGGGCUUUCGGAAACAGGAAAACGAGUCAGGGGUCGGAAUAAAUUUUAGUAUAUUUUGUGGGCAAUUCCCAGAAAUUAAUGGCUAUGAGUUCUUUUUUGAUCAACUCAAACUAUGUCGACCCCAAGUUCCCUCCGUGCGAGGAAUAUUCACAGAACGAUUACCUACCCAGCGACCACUCGCCCGGGUACUACGCCGGCGGCCAGAGGCGAGAGAGCAGCUUCCAGCCGGAGGCGGGCUUCGGGAGGCGCGCGGCGUGCACGGUGCAGCGCUACGCGGCCUGCCGGGACCCUGGGCCCCCGCCGCCUCCGCCACCACCCCCGCCGCCCCCGCCACCGCCCGGGCUGUCCCCUCGGGCUCCUGCGCCGCCACCCGCCGGGGCCCUCCUCCCGGAGGCCGGCCAGCGCUGCGAGGCGGUCAGCAGCAGCCCCCCGCCGCCUCCCUGCGCCCAGAACCCCCUGCACCCCAGCCCGUCCCACUCCGCGUGCAAAGAGCCCGUCGUCUAUCCCUGGAUGCGCAAAGUUCACGUGAGCACGGUAAACCCCAAUUACGCAGGCGGGGAGCCCAAGCGCUCUCGGACCGCCUAUACUCGCCAGCAGGUCUUGGAGCUGGAGAAGGAAUUUCACUACAACCGCUACCUGACGCGGCGCCGGAGGGUGGAGAUCGCCCACGCGCUCUGCCUCUCUGAGCGCCAGAUCAAGAUCUGGUUCCAGAACCGGCGCAUGAAGUGGAAAAAAGACCACAAGUUGCCCAACACCAAGAUCCGCUCGGGUGGCACGGCAAGCUCAGCCGGAGGGCCUCCUGGCCGGCCCAACUGAGGCCCCCCCAACCCCCGUGCUCUAGUGCCCCCCCCCAACGCAGGAGCCACGAACCUCAGGAUGGGGGUGGGCAGCGAGCGCGGGGGAUAGGGUGGGAGGAUGGGAGGGGGCCCCGGGGCCUGGACCCCGGAAAAACCUAUCUGCCCUCCCCCCACUUUAUAUGCGAAUAAACGCAGACGAGGGGGAGGGGAAGCUUUAUUUAUAGAAAUGACAAUAGAGGGCCAUAGGGAGCCCCCCCAGAAGCAAGAUUCAAAUAUCUUGCUUUCUUCCUUAAAACAAAAACAAAAACAAAACAAAACCGAAAGAAAAUAAAAAGAAAAGGCAAGAAGGAAGAAAAGAAAAAGACAGAAAGAGGAAUAGGAGGAGGCCGCAGCUCCUCGUUUUCAGCUUUGGCGAAGAUGGAUCCACGUUUCAUCUUUAAUCACGCCAGGCCCAGGCCCAUCUGUCUUGUUUACUCUGCCGAGGAGAGGACGGGCCUCGGUGUCGACCAUUACCUCGACACCCGCUAACAAAUGAGGCCCAGCUCGGCCGCCUCCGCCUCUGCUGCUGCCGCUGCUGGAAGACAGCCUGGAUUUCCUUUCUUUGUCCCCCACUCCGAUACCCAGCGAAAGCACCCCUGACUGCCAGAUAAUGCACUGUUUUGGCCACGGUAACAAACACACACACGCUCCCUCCUCCUCUGUGCCUGUUCACGGAGGGACACAAUGACUGCUCACCCACUUCCACCGUGGGGUUGGGGCUGGGGAAUAGAGGAAGGGAACAAGGAGGGGAUGGGGGUGGCCUUGACAACUCAGGACUGAGCAGGAAAAUUGAGUCCAAGGAAAAAAACAGAGACUCGCAGACCCGGGAGGUACUUCCUCUGAAAGGCCAAGCCAAGCCAUACCUGGCAGGGUGAGGGCCCAGUUGAGUUCUGGGAGCUGGACCUGACUCUGCCAGUCCAGAGUUGUACAGAAGAGGCCUCUCUCCUAGACUGAAAAGGAAUGUGAAACUAGGAAAUACAAUGUGCCCCUCCCAGUCUGGGAGGAGGAUGUUGCAGA